AUGCCACUCAACAUCUAUUCAAUCUUCGUUGGCCCUCCAACAACUGGAAAAUCACAAGCAAUCAAGGAAUGCGCUAUAUCACCCAUGGCCAGUGUAACGGCAGAAGCAGAUUCUGCAAGCCCUGUAAUCCAGAAAUGUACCUCGUCGGGACUGAUAAAAACAGUCGCAGACAACAACAGAGGGUUCCUUUUGUCAGCCGAGAUUUACGACGUCCUGUUCAAAUUGCUAAAGUCUGACGAAAGAAAAUGCCACUGGCGAUGUACAAGCGCUAUGUCAACUGUUCUCUGGAGAAGAGGCCUCCCACCGGUAUGCCACUGAAAAACGCGAAAUAGCAGCAAACACGCCUUUCUGCAUCUUAGGGGCAACACAGAUUCCAUUUGCCGCCCGUCUAGUCGCCCUAUUAGAUCAAGGACACGGUCUUUUAGACCGGUUUUUAAUUACAUUCCCAAAGUGCUUGCGACCGACGCCAACGCAAACAAGCCAGGCAAUCGAAGCCUUAAAAGAGAGCGGCCUUUCCAGCGUCGAAGACAUAUUCAUGGAGAUUGCUCGCCUGCAUCUUUCACGUUCCACUUACACUCUAGACCAAGAGGCCACAGAAACUGUCAACACUAUAAACGAACAAUUUAUAGCCGAGGUAAAUGAAGCCAUCUUGGAAGGCACAAGUCCGCCCAAGACGAAAAAGAUCGACAUCAUCCUCUGUGUUGCAGCAGCGCUCCAUAUCUUUAACCACGUCACUGAGGAGCUGCUUCAAGGCAGGCAGCCCACACAGCCAGCAGACGAAAUCGAAAAGUCUACACUUCUCUGCGCCAUCGAAUACGUAAAUUGGGCUGAAUCG